AUGGCCAGCGGCGGGGAUUCAGACGGCGAGCAAGUGGUGCCUGAUGAAGAGAAGGAUGGCCCAGACGUGAAAUCAGUGCAGGCCCACUACCUGCGCAGCCCUUCACCCAGUCGGUACUCGAUGAUUUCGGACACUGAUACCGAGAGCAUAUUCAUGGAGCCUAUCCAUCUGUCAUCUGGUGUGGCUGCCAAACAAAUAAUCAGUGAAGAACUGAAGACGAAGCACAUCAAGGUAGAUGCAGUGUGUCCCAAGAUGUUAGAGUCUGCACAGCAGUUGAUGGUGGAAGACCUGUACAACCGAGUUAAGGAAAAGAUUGAUGACACCAGCUUGUUUAACACUCCGUGUGUCAUGGACUUGCAGAGGGCACUUGUAAAGGACAGGCUGGAGACUCCCAGAGAUGCUGUGGAUGAAGUCUGGCCUAAUGUCUUCAUAGCAGAAAAGAGUGUUGCAGUGAACAAAAGUCGUUUGAAGAGGCUGGGCAUUACACAUAUCUUGAAUGCAGCUCAUGGUACAGGUGUAUACACAGGACCAGAUUUCUACAAUGGUCUGAAUAUCCAAUACAUGGGCAUUGAAGUGGAUGAUUUUCCAGAUAUGGAUAUCUCCAAACACUUCCAUCCAGCUGCAGAAUUCAUGGAUGAAGCACUGCUGACUUACAGGGGAAAAAUCCUUGUCAGCAGUGAAAUGGGAAUCAGUCGCUCAGCUGUGCUGGUGGCUGCUUACCUGAUGAUCUAUCACCAUAUGACCAUUCUGGAGGCUCUGAUGACUCUGAGAAAGAAGCGUGCCAUUUACCCCAAUGAUGGCUUCCUCAAACAGCUAAGGGAGCUUAACGAGCAAUUACUGGAGGAACGAGAGCUGGAGCAUACUGGAGAUGAAGAUGUCACUCCUAGUCAAAGUCCUGUCACCCACCCUGGGACAUCUUCCCGGCUGUCUGGAGCUAAGGACUCCGAAAGUGUCAUAGGACCCAAAGCACACUCCAUCACAGUAGAAGAAGAAGACAACAUCAGCAUGCUAAGUAGUUUUAUGAGCUCUUCAUCAGUGGGAAAAACUAGCUGGGUUUCCAAACGCUCCACCCUCAUCAGUGAGGAGGAAGAGGAACAGUUGUAUGAGGAAUGGAGGAAGAAACAAGGCCUACCUGCAAAGGAAUCAGCAACUGAGAAUGGAAAAAGAGUGUCGCCAAGGCUUCUGGCUCAGGAAGGGGAGCAAUAUGAGGAGGAUGUGGAUCGGAGGAUCCAUGACUGGCAGUGCAGAAAUGAGAAAUACCAAAUGGAGGGUCCACCCAGAGAGGAGGAUGGAAAUUCUUACAUGGGAGGAAGACCUUACCAAUCAGGUGAAUUUAGUGAUGAUGAGAGUGUGAGCAGUUUUGAGAUCCGAACCCUAAAGCGACAGUUGGAAGCAAGCAGCUUUAGCAGGAUGAGGAGGAGCCGCUCAGACUCCAUGUCUUCAGAGAGCACUUGGGACAUGUGGAACCAGAGGCUGAUGGAGAUUGAGAAGGAAGCUGUCCAGAGGUAUCGUUCUAAGAAUAAGAAUGGUGGGGAGAGACAAUCCCCAGAAACAGGAAGAAAGGAGAGGGAUGUGGAUGAGGAAAGUGUGUUGUCAGAAUGUAGCUCCUUCUAUAAUUUCUGCCAAAAGAACAAAGACAAGUUGACUCCUCUAGAAAGGUGGAAGAUCAAGAGGAUCCAGUUUGGCUUUCACAAGAAGGAUUUAGAAUCAUCAUCGUCUUCUGCACCAUCUCCAGCAGAAGAUGGCAGCCAGACUGGUGAGGAGGGGACUGAAGGGAAGAAUUUGUCAGAUGUUAACCUGAGUGCUUACCAGGCUUGGAAAAUGAAGCGGCAGAAGAAGGUGGGCUGUGAAAGCAAGGAGGAAUUUGUAGAGUUUGCCAAAAGUGAAGAUUCUGCUUCAGCUAAAAAGAAGCAGAGACGUGUAGAACUCCUUGAACGUUCAAAGAAAAUUUUAGAAGAAAGCCAGUCCAUGUGCAGCUGGGAGACAGACAGCACAAUGAGUGGGAGCAUCCCGCUGUCUGCUUUCUGGGCCUCAGCGCCCUCUGCGAAUGGUGCUGAGGAUGCAGCUUCUACACUGAGCAUGAAGACAAAUCAUUCAUCUUUAUCACAGGCCAGGAGCAGCACCGGGGCAACACAGCCAAAUAUUCCCCUUCCCAAUCUCCCAGUUGGCCCAGGUGACACGAUAUCUAUGGCAAGCAUUCAGAACUGGAUUGCUAACGUGGUCAAUGAAACCAUUGCUCAAAAGCAAAAUGAGAUCAUGAUGCUGUCCCGUCCAUCGUCUGCAAUGGCCUCCAGUGUAAUGUCAGGAGACCUUGGAAGGCGUGUAGAUGAUGAUAAGAUUUCCCUUCUCAGUUCUCAGUGCGGCUCAUCUUUUUCUGCCUCUCAUCUCGGUCAGCAGGACAUGCACAGAGCUGAGUCUCAGUCUGUCCUGUCUUGCAAUACUUCUGUAAGUGGGAGGGCAGAAGGGACUAGUUCAAACAUGAAGACUAUGCAAACAAGCAAACCACUGUAUAGCCUCUUUGCCGAUGAUGUUGACCUAAAGAAACUCAGCAGGAAGGAGAAGGAGAUGCAAAUGGAAAUGAGAGAGAAAAUGUCAGAUUACCAAAUUGAAAAGGUGAUAAGUGACAAUAAACGCAGCACUCUAUUUAAAAAAAAGGUGACCAAAGGUGAGCAAAGUGAAGUAGAAGAUGAUGUGGAGAGGAUAACGAACAACUACAGGCACCCAUUGCAAGCAGAUCUAGACAGAAACGAUACAAUCUUUACUCUGUCCAGUCUAUCUGCAAACACAGGUGCACUGAAGUCAGAAGUAGAGACUGAUGUUACCAAGUGGCUCAGUAGCCUGAAAACAGAAAAACAGUCAUCAUAUCAUGAUCAAAGUGAGAAUUUCAGAGAGAAAUACAGCAGGUCAUCCAAAGUAAGAGAGAUGGAUUCUGAAACAUCCAGUUACAGAUUCUCCAGAUCCCAGAGAGAAGAGCUUGACAGUUCUUCCUAUGAGUCAAAAGGAGAUUCACUGAGAACCAUGUCAAGAUUUUCCUCUGCUUCGGCAAAAGAGGACAAAAAGAUGUAUAAGUUCACAAGGUCAAGGGUCAGUGAGACAGCAAGUUCUGGUGAAAAAAGCCCAGAACUGCAUGUUUUCAGCCAAACACCAGAACCAUCCUUUGACUCCGAAUCCCCUGAAUCAUCUACACAGAGUCGAGUCAGAUCUCAUCAUGUGGAGGCGUGUGAAGAGGAGGCCAUGUCAGACAUGUCAGAAUUUGGAGCUAAGAGAAAGUUCACCCAGAGCUUUUCAAAGUCUGAAGAGAAUGGAAAGAAAGAGGCAAAAGUGGAACAAAGUGAAGAGAGAUUUGCAUCUAGACAGUUCUCUCAGUACAAGCGAAGUGUGCGUAAAGAGGAGGAAGAAGAAUUGGAUGAUGAUGCUAUUAUUGCUGCAUGGAGAAGCCGACUAGAAGAAACUACAGCAAAGCUCCGUCGGAGAAAGGAAGAGUGACCAAGGAUCAGAUUAGAGGAACACAAGCAGAGUGUAAG